AUGCCUAGUAGUGCUCCAGAUUUGACCGUCAUGGCGUACGGUGCACUUGCUAGCCUCAAGGCCGCCGCUGCUGCCAAGGACAAGACAAAACCCAAGCUGUUCAGUCAUCCCAAGGUUGACAUCAUUGAUAUCCGCCGUGUCGAGGUCGAGACAAACCUCAAGGCCGACAUUGUCUCCCAGUUCUGUCCAAAGGAAGGGCCCAGAAAGCUUCCCACACUGCUCUUGUACGACGAGAGAGGGUUGCAGUUGUUUGAGAAGAUUACGUAUUUGGAAGAGUACUACCUGACCAACGAUGAGAUUCAAGUGCUCGAGUCGUCGGCCAAAGAGAUUGCCGGCAGCAUUCCUUCAGAGUCUAUGGUUAUCGAACUCGGCAGUGGAAACCUUCGAAAAGUGAAUCUGCUUCUGCAAGCUUUCGAGGACGCCGGCAAGAGCAUUGACUACUACGCUUUGGAUCUCUCCAAGCAAGAGCUCGAGCGUACCCUUGCCCAGCUUCCCGCAUAUCAGCAUGUCCGAGCUCAUGGUCUGUUUGGGACGUACGACGAUGGGCGGGAGUGGCUCAAGGACCCAUCCAAUAUUUCAAGAAGGAAGUGCAUAAUGAGUCUUGGGUCAAGCAUUGGGAAUUUCGAGCGAAGCGCGGCCGCCUCGUUUCUCAAGUCGUUCUCCGAUGUCCUCAGCCAUGGUGACACCAUGCUGAUUGGGCUGGAUGCUUGCAACGACCCGGCCAAAGUCUACCACGCCUACAAUGACAAGGAGGGCAUCACCCAUGAGUUCAUUCUGAAUGGUCUUCGCCAUGCCAACAGGGUCCUUGGACAGGCUGCCUUCCACGAAAGGGACUGGAGGGUAAUUGGUGAAUACGUCCAUGACGCCGAGGGAGGGCGCCAUCAAGCCUUCUACUCACCGGUACGUGACACGACCGUUUUUGGCCAAGUCAUCCGGCCCCACGAGCGAAUCCAGGUCGAGGAGAGCCUGAAGUGGUCUCCGGAGGAGACACGGAAGAUGUGGGACCUGGCCGGUAUGACCGAGAAGGGGAAGUGGAUGCACGGCACAGAAUAUGGUGAGCAACCUGCCUUCCCUUUCACACACAUUACCUAUAUCCCUAUUUUCCGGCGGCAACUGGGCUCUGCGCGGUUCUUUCUCUCUCUCUCUCUCUCUCUUGACCGGCCGGUCAACGAUGAUUUUACCCAAGCUUUACCCCACGUUUUGACCUUUUGA